AUUUCAACCUUGCCCAAAGGAGUCGGCAGGGAUUAUUCCGGAGCAAUGGCCGCGCGCCAUGACUUAGUCGAGGUGCUACCCCUCGAGUUCACCCGCGAAGUUGAAUUGCUGCCGCUGCAAUGUGCAGUUGUGCCCAAGGCUUUAUGCGGAGAGCUCAUGAAGCUGCUUGCUCCUUUGAGCGAAGACUUGAAGCAUUUGAAGCGUGUCAGGCCGGGCCCAGAGCUGGCAGUGCUGCUGGCUGAGGCUGAGGUGCCUGAUGAGGCGCAAGCGCUGCUGAAGCGGCACGACAUUGAGCAGGUGACGGUUCAAGUGCCCCGCUUCAGCCCUCUGACAGCCGCUCAACUGGAAAGCUACUCCAGGCAUUGGCCAGUGAAAUUGCUGAAGUCAUCCUUUGAGCCCAUGCAGCUCACGCAGGAGAUGCGCGAGCACUUCACGUGUCUCCUGCGGCACGCCGAAGCAGCAGGCGGCUGCGCCAUUGCGCGGGGUGACAAUGUGCUGGCAGAAGCCUCGGAAGCCCCGGAAGCCUUGCUGCUGAAACACCCAGCGAUGGUGGCCAUCGAGCAAGUGGCAGCGAAGGCGCGUCAAAGGUACGCAGAGCAAGGAAAGCGUUCAAGGGAGGAGGACGAGGACUAUCUCUGCCAGGAUUGUGAUGUCGUGCUGACCUGUGAGCCUUGUGUGAUGUGCGCAAUGGCGCUGAUUCACUCUCGGGUCCGCUGCAUUGCAUUUCGUGAUCCGGACGCAGAGUUUGGUGGCCUAGGCGGCCGCGUGGCUUUGCAUCAUUGUAAGAGCCUGAACCACCACCCGCGUGUUUUGCGUUGGGAAAAAGGAAUGGGACUCCCUGUGAAUGGCUAUUUCACAUGA